AAUCGGUUUUAUUCGUUUGAAGGAUAAGUUCAGGAAUUCUACUCCAUGGCUGAGUUAACCAAUAGCACGGAAACGACCUCAGCAGACCCAAGUAAGUCUUAAAUCUUGUUAAUGUAGUAAGGAAUGCAACAAGUUUCGUCGAUUAAUCUCUUUAUGCACGGAAGCGACAAAAUGCAGGGGCACCCAACGGGAAUAUAGUUCAAAACCACUUAAAGGUAGACAAAAAACGUUAAAGGCAUAUUUUAUCCCCUAAAAAUUUUUUCAAACUUUGAAAAUAUCAACAAAGAAAACCAGAAAAAGGCAGAAUAAACGUAAAGAUAGGCAGUUAUACCAUUUUUAGAUGUUCAUGAUCAGGGCUUUUACAACAAAUGUUUCAAAAUUCUAGAAAAUUUUUUUCCGAAAAUUGUCUUCCCCCUAAAAUUCAUGCACAAAUUGGAAUGUUACUUGUUAAGCGGGAUUUAUAUCACGUAUGUAUGGAAGCCAGUUGAAGAUUGCCAAUGAAUAAACUUAUUACUUCUGUGCUGUUGAGCACAGCGGUACCGGAUCCACCCAAUACCUGUGAAUAAAAAUUCUGUUCAAUGCCUUAUUUAAUCAAGAACACAAAUCGAAUUUGACUGUUAGUGUAGCGGAAUACAAGCUGGAGUUUCAUAGAAUAGUCCCUUUGUUCACUACAAAUGGAAGUCAUAAUAUGCUGCCGACAAAAAAACUAUACCUAAUAUAAUCAUCACUCCCCGGGAAAAUGAUCAAUGAGUUAUUCAUGUACUAGACAGGGGCGUAGCUACAACCAGUUGCAAAGGUAUCUAGACACUGUACAGCAGUUGCUAGCAAUACAAGACCAUGCUUAAAACUUGGAGGAACAACUUUGAUUGGGAGGGAGGAGGGAGGUCAGUAUUAUAUCUCACAGACCUGUGACUAGCAGCGAUUUGAAGCAAGAAAGGUCGUUUUAUCGUGGGAGUGUCUCAACAUUUUUGCAACUGGUUGAAGCAUUUUUUUCCUUUUAAGUCGUGCCGUAUAGAAGUCCUUGGAAAGUGGGGGGGGAGGAUAUAAAAGCAAACCAAAUAAGCAAUGACCAAAAACAGUAUUUUACAGCACAAAGUAAAGUGAAGAUUCAUCAAGAUGGAUUGGUUUGUUUGAAGUCGCAUUUUUAACUAGGGCGUGAAAUCAACUUUCUUGUAGGAACCUCUAGGCUACUUUAUUGAUAUCUCAAAGUGGUGGCCAGUUCAACAAAAAACAAAAUCAAACAAAAAACUAAAACUAAAACAAACGAGGAGAUAACGGUUUGCUAAAGAGCUGAGACAGCUUGAGGCCGUCCAAAAGUACGAGUUUUUAACCUAAAUGAUUGGAGUUAACAAAGGGGAUCCUUAUAACGAAUAUACUUGAAAACCAAGAUGGCGUUCACCGACAGAUUAAACCAGUGAAGUAUGUGUCAGUCGCGGCAACAGACAUUGCGUUGCAGUUUUCACGUCCUUUUAUCUCGCGAUUGUGACCCAAAUUCUUGUUAAGCCCAGGCUUAAUGGCUUAAAGACAGCUAAGAGGGUCUCAAUGGGGUUAACCGAUAGGCGUAAAACGGCCCAAAAUUUAGUCGAUAGCCGUAAAAAUUGAAAAAUUGUAACCGUUAGCCGUAAAUAGGGUAAAAAGAGUUAACCGUAAAAAAAUUUUGCUCCUUAAAUUUGAUAAUUUGAGGAAGGUGCUAAACUCACCGUAGAACGGUUGUGUUUCUUAUUUCGCGGCUACUUUGGCUCUUUACGUUCCCGUUUCUACUAGUUUUGCUUUUCAAGAAGAUUCUGUUCAAAUAAACUGUUAUGUCUUUUAUAAGGAAUGGUCCUUUUCAUGGCUCACAAAAAAUUCUAGUUGACUGGCAAUAGCUUAACCUUUUGUUUCUAUUUUAAACAAAGAGUUCUGCAGCUUAAGAGAAUAAGAAAACUGCGGCAAAGAUCUUCAAAGCCGCGUACUUCUCAGCUUGGCUCCGACACUUGUAAAUGUGAGAGUCACAGAAAUGUUCGAGUCUCAAUCUGUAUGCUUGUUCCUUUUUAGUUCAUGUUAUACAAUCUGUUCUUCAAUGGGGUAAAGACCCUAUCGUGGUAGUAAAAAGAGGAGAGGGUAGCAAAUACAAAGCGACGCCGAAGAACGAAUCAGUAGCCCCUGAAGAAAAGGAAAUCACGCAAAGAUGCAAAAGAUGACAAACGUUUUCAUAGUUGACAUUUCUAUGCGUAAAAUGAUAUUAGAAGUGGAAUACUCUAAAAGCGUGAUCUAUGAAAUAUUAAAAAUUUUCAGAAGAAUAACUUAUUUCAUCCAGAGAUGACCCUCAAGACAUUCAUGUUGCUUUAAAGAUACAAAAAAAUACAGGUUUAUUAAUAUUUAACUCUUUGUAACAAAGAAAUUAAUUUUUAAUUUUAUAAUUAACCGUAACUGAAAAAAAUUAACCGAUAGCCGUAAAAGAGCCAAAAUUUUAGCCGAUAACCGUAAAUGCUACCACCCCAUUGAGACCCUCAGCUAAGCCACCUGGUCACUGCUAGAAGAUUCAAACACCUACUGAAACGUGCGAACUUGAUAUUUUAAUGAAACGAUUUGUAAACUUGUUGCUCUCUCUUUUGAGGCGACUAACGAACUCUGACGAAUCUUACUAGCCUCCGACCAUAUGUUUUACAGUUGCAGAUAUACUAAUUUUCAAGCUCUUUGUUUGUUUAUUUGCUCGUUUUUUCGCCUAAGCUUUCCAUAGGGUCAUAAAUUGUAUGGAACAGAUUCGUCUCAAGCUUGAUAGCCAAGAAGAUGACGUUCUUUUUCUGUCCAAUUAUUUCCAAAGUAAAGACUUCAGAAAACUAUUCAAGGUAACUGCUUCUUAUUUAUUCCCUGGUUUAUUCAUUUAUUAACGUUCACCUAAGAGAAAUGGUCUGGAGUCCGAUGAAAUAAGUUUACUCGAAAUAAAACUGAAUAAAUGAAGAUAAAGUUUCGGCGAAGUAGGACUGUGUGUGAUAGCACAGACUGAGCCCAAGUGAACUAAGUAAUUAUAAACAGUGUAUUUGAGCUGGUAUUUCAAAAUAAGACGAAAACGUCUUCCAAUUGUCCUCUAAAAAUUAAAAAUUGCCCAUUCCAUUGAGAGAGCGCGCCUUGGUGGGACAUUCCGGGUAGGCAACAAGCGUAACACUCCAUCAUAGGUCCCCUGAGGUGCAAGUACAAGGUUGCGCAUUUUACGUUAUUUUCUUUGUCUGUAUACCGCAAAUGACCCUAUAGACAGCCACUUCCAAAUAGACGCCUCUAUUCUAAUAAACGCCCCCACCUCCCUCUACGCUGUAUUAGGAGCCCCCCUCGAAUGAACGUCCCCUGUCUAAUAGACGCCCCCUAUGAAAAUUACUCCAAAAACCUUGGAAUAACAUCCGAAUAAGCAAAAAGGAACAAAAUAAUUCGAUUAAUUCAGUUUCUUCCUUGAUUAACGGGGCUUUGCGUAUUUCAUCUCGUUCAAUGAGAAGUUCGAAGUUUGGAUGGACCAUUGAUGGCAUCACAGGGGCGGAUCUAGGGGGAGGGUACAGGGGGUGCGCAACCCUCCCCCCGAUAUGACCUGCGGUUUUCUAAUACAACUGGUAUUCUGCAAAAAAAAAACUAUGUGGUCUAUUGGUGUUGAAGUAGAGCAAGAGGCGAGUGCACCCCCUCCUGAAAAAAAUCCUGGAUCCGCCCCUGCAUCACGAUAACCCGGAGCCAAGAUUCUGACAUCGAUAUUAGGAUUUGAAAAGACGAUAUGGAUCUCUAGACAGCGCAGACGUAUCUAUUGAUGGCGUAAAUAUAUUCCGCUGUUUUUCAACUCUCUUGAUAUUUUCGCCGCAAACAUAUUAGUUUUGUUCAGCUUGUUACAGUCAUGAGCAUAACCGUCUCCUUUAAACGCCUCCGCUUAGACCCCCAAAAUUAAAUAGACACCCAAGGAGUUUAUUAGUUCAUUUAUGGUAUGUUUUAUACAUAAAUAAAACUCCACUCAGUCCUAUUACCAUUAUAUAUAUCUGUAAAAUCAACAGGUUCGUACCGCUAUGGCAUAUUCACUUGAUGGUGGCAUAUCACAAGAUGCAAAAAGAGGAACAGCAAUAGAACUUACUAAAGAGGUCAGUACUUUUGCUACCACGCGUUUCAAUGUUAUCUUUUCAGUUUCACCCUUUGGUGACGACCAGCGAUUCGGAACAAGGUAGCCAAAACACCGCAUUUUUCACCAAUUCCUCUUCAUUGCGUUGAUUUUCGCCCAGUUACCCUACAAAUAGGUAAAAAAAGUGUUGCAUCAAAAACGGCAUAUUUUCCAACAACUCGGGCAUAAUUAAAUAGAUCGUCAUCUUUUUCAAGCAUGCGCAAAAGCAGAACUUUUUUUUUUUUUUUUUUUUUUUUUUUUUUUUGGCAAAUCCAUUUCAAGCUUUCUCUUUCCCCUGUAACCCCCUGGAACCCCUUGUAACCCCUCGUAACCACCUGUAACCCCUCGUAACCCCUUGUAACCCCCUGUAAAGAUAUAUUAAUUUAUUAUGUGCUAGAGGGGAAAAAAUGCAUUUUAGACUACAAAAAUGCCAUUUUAAGAUAAUCGAAAAAAUUUCCAAUUUUUUAAAGGGGUUUAUCCAUGAUUUUGAGCAAGAAUUGGCAUUUUCUUGAAAGUUUGUUUUCUUUUCAAAAGCCUAACAUAUAUUGCUUCAUUACCUUCUAGAAGGUGAACAAGGGUUUUUAGACUGUAAAAAUGUCCUUUUCACAUAUUUACAAAAAUUUUCAUUUUUCACAUAGUCGAAAAAUUGCAUUUAUGAUUUUAGUCAAAAAUUGGCAUUUCUGUCAAUCUAUGUUUUUCUUAUCAAAACGCCAAAAUAGAUUGUUUGAUUAUGUAUUAGAUAGAAAAGAUCGCUUUUUAGACUAUAAAAAUGUUCUUUUCACAUGGUCGAAAAAUUUGCAUUUUUGCAAAGGGGUUAACCUAUGAUUUUGAUCAAAAUUAGCAUUUUUCACAAACUAUGUUUUUCUUCUAAAAAAUGACAACAUAGAUGGUUUGAUUAAGUUCUUUUUUUUGGCAAAAUCCGUUUCAAAAAACUUUUUUUCUUUUGACCCUAGUAACCCCCUUUUUGGCCCAUUUAACCCUUUGUAACCCCCCCUUGUAACCCCUUCUAACCCCCCCCCCUGUAACCCCUUGUAACCCCUCGAAACCCCUGUAACCCCUCGUAACCCCUUGUAACCCCCUGUAAAGAUAUAUUGUUUUAUUAUGUGCUAGAGGGGAAAAAAUGCAUUUUAGACUACAAAAAUGCCAUUUUAAGAUAAUCGAAAAAAUUUCCAAUUUUUUAAAGAGGUUUACCCAUGAUUUUGAGCAAGAAUUGGCAUUUUCUUGAAAGUUUGUUUUUCUUUUCAAAAGCCUAACAUAUAUUGCUUGAUUACCUUCUAGAAGGUGAACAAGGGCUUUUAGACUGUAAAAAUGUCCUUUUCACAUAUUUACAAAAAUUUUCAUUUUUCACAUAGUCGAAACAUUGCAUUUUUGCAAAGGGCUUAACCUAUGAUUUUAAUCAAAAUUGGCAUUUCUGUCAAUCUAUGUUUUUCUUAUCAAAACGCCAAAAUAGAUUGUUUGAUUAUGUAUUAGAUAGAAAAGAUCGCUUUUUAGACUAUAAAAUGUUCUUUUCACAUGGUCGAAAAAAAAACGCCAAAAUAGAUUGUUUGAUGCAUUUUGCAAAGGGGUUAACCUAUGAUUUUGAUCAAAAAUUAGCAUUUUUCACAAACUAUGUUUUUCUUCUAAAAUUGACAACAUAGAUGGUUUGAUUAAGUUCUUUUUUUGGCAAAUCCAUUUCAAGCUUUCUCUUUCCCCUGUAACCCCCUGGAACCCCUUGUAACCCUUUGUAACCCCCUGUAACCCCCUGUAACCCCUUGUAACCCCCUGUAACCCCUUGUAACCCCUCGUAACCCCCUGUAACCCUUCGUAACCCCUUGUAACCCCCUGUAAAGAUAUAUUGUUUUAUUAUGUGCUAGAGGGGAAAAAAUGCAUUUUAGACUACAAAAAUGCCAUUUUAAGAUAAUCGAAAAAAUUUCCAAUUUUUUAAAGGGGUUUACCCAUGAUUUUGAGCAAGAAUUGGCAUUUUCUUGAAAGUUUGUUUUUCUUUUCAAAAGCCUAACAUAUAUUGCUUGAUUACCUUCUAGAAGGUGAACAAGGGUUUUUAGACUUUAAAAAUGUCCUUUUCACAUAUUUACAAAAAUUUUCAUUUUUCAGAUAGUCGAAAAAUUGCAUUUUUGCAAAGGGCUUAACCUAUGAUUUUAGUCAAAAAUUGGCAUUUCUGUCAAUCUAUGUUUUUCUUAUCAAAACGCCAAAAUAGAUUGUUUGAUUAUGUAUUAGAUAGAAAAGAUCGCUUUUUAGACUAUAAAAAUGUUCUUUUCACAAGGUCGAAAAAUUGCAUUUUUGCAAAGGGGUUAACCUAUGAUUUUAGUCAAAAAUUGGCAUUUCUGUCAAUCUAUGUUUUUCUUAUCAAAACGCCAAAAUAGAUUCUUUGAUUAUGUAUUAGAAAGAAAAGAUCGCUUUUUACACUAAAAAAAUGUUCUUUUCACAUGGUCGAAAAAUUUACAUUUUUGCAAAGGGGUUAACCUAUGAUUUUGAUCAAAAAUUAGCAUUUUUCACAAACUAUGUUUUUCUUCUGAAAAUGACAACAUAGAUGGUUUGAUUAAGUUCUUUUAUUGGGAAAUCCAUUUCAAGCUUUCUCUUUCCCCUGUAACCCCCUGGAACCCCUUGUAACCCUUUGUAACCCCCUGUAACCCCCUGUAACCCCUUGUAACCCCCUGUAACCCCUUGUAACCCCUCGUAACCCCCUGUAACCCCUCGUAACCCCUUGUAACCCCCUGUAAAGAUAUAUUGUUUUAUUAUGUGCUAGAGGGAAAAAAAUGCAUUUUAGACUACAAAAAUGCCAUUUUAAGAUAAUCAAAAAAAUUUCCAAUUUUUUAAAAGGGGUUUACCCAAGAUUUUGAGCAAGAAUUGGCAUUUUCUUGAAAGUUUGUUUUUCUUUUCAAAAGCCUAACAUAUAUUGCUUGAUUACCCACUAGAAGGUGAACAAGGGUUUUUAGACUGUAAAAAUGUCCUUUUCACAUAUUUACAAAAAUUGUCAUUUUUCACAUAGUCGAAAAAUUGCAUUUUUGCAAAGGGGUUAACCUAUGAUUUUAGUCAAAAAUUGGCAUUUCUGUCAAUCUAUGUUUUUCUUAUCAAAACGCCAAAAUAGAUUGUUUGAUUAUGUAUUAGAUAGAAAAGAUCGCUUUUUAGACUAUAAAAAUGUUCUUUUCACAACGUCGAAAAAUUUGCACUUUUGCAAAGGGGUUAACCUAUGAUUUUGAUCAAAAAUUAGCAUUUUUCACAAACUAUGUUUUUCUUCUAAAAUUGACAACAUAGAUGGUUUGAUUAAGUUCUUUUUUUGGCAAAUCCAUUUCAAGCUUUCUUUUUCCCCUGUAACCCCCUGGAACCCCUUGUAACCCUUUGUAGCCCCCUGUAACCCCCUGUAACCCCUUGUAACCCCUCGAAACCCCUUGUAACCCCUCGUAACCUCCUGUAACCCCUCGUAACCCCUUGUAACCCCCUGUAAAGAUAUAUUGUUUUAUUAUGUGCUAGAGGGGAAAAAAUGCAUUUUAGACUACAAAAAUGCCAUUUUAAGAUAAUCGAAAAAAUUUCCAAUUUUUUAAAGGGGUUUACCCAUGAUUUUGAGCAAGAAUUGGCAUUUUCUUGAAAGUUUGUUUUUCUUUUCAAAAGCCUAACAUAUAUUGCUUGAUUACCUUCUAGAAGGUGAACAAGGGUUUUUAGACUGUAAAAAUGUCCUUUUCACAUAUUUACAAAAAUUUUCAUUUUUCACAUAGUCGAAAAAUUGCAUUUUUGCAAAGGGGUUAACCUAUGAUUUUAGUCAAAAAUUGGCAUUUCUGUCAAUCUAUGUUUUUCUUAUCAAAACGCCAAAAUAGAUUGUUUGAUUAUGUAUUAGAUAGAAAAGAUCGCUUUUUAGACUAUAAAAAUGUUCUUUUCACAAGGUCGAAAAAUUGCAUUUUUGCAAAGGGCUUAACCUAUGAUUUUAGUCAAAAAUUGGCAUUUCUGUCAAUCUAUGUUUUUCUUAUCAAAACGCCAAAAUAGAUUGUUUGAUUAUGUAUUAGAUAGAAAAGAUCGCUUUUUAGACUAUAAAAAUGUUCUUUUCACAUGGUCGAAAAAUUUGCAUUUUUGCAAAGGGGUUAACCUAUGAUUUUGAUCAAAAAUUAGCAUUUUUCACAAACUAUGUUUUUCUUCUAAAAUUGACAACAUAGAUGGUUUGAUUAAGUUCUUUUUUUGGCAAAUCCAUUUCAAGAUUUCUCUUUCCCCUGUAACCCCCUGUAGCCCCUUGUAACCCUUUGUAACCCCCUGUAACCCCUUCUAAACCCCUGUAACCCCUUGUAACCCCUCGUAACCCCCUGUAACCCCUCGUAACCCCUCGUAACCCCUUGUAACCCCCUGUAAAGAUAUAUUGUGUUAUUAUGUGCUAGAGGGGAAAAAAUCCAUUUUAGACUACAAAAAUGCCAUUUUAAGAUAAUCGAAAAAAUUUCCAAUUUUUUAAAGGGGUUUACCCGUGAUUUUGAGCAAGAAUUGGCAUUUUCUUGAAAGUUUGUUUUUCUUUUCAAAAGCCUAACAUAUAUUGCUUGAUUACCUUCUAGAAGGUGAACAAGGGUUUUAAGACUGUAAAAAUGUCCUUUUCACAUAUUUACAAAAAUUGUCAUUUUUCACAUAGUCGAAAAAUUGCAUUUUUGCAAAGGGGUUAACCUAUGAUUUUGGUCAAAAAUUGGAAUUUCUGUCAAUCUAUGGUUUUCUUAUCAAAACGCCAAAAUAGAUUGUUAGAUUAUGUAUUAAAUAGAAAAGAUCGCUUUUUAGACUAUAAAAAUCUUCUUUUCACAAGGUCGAAAAAUUGCAUUUCUCCAAAGGGGUUAACCUAUGAUUUUAGUAAAAAAUUGGCAUUUCUGUUAAUCUAUGUUUUUCUUAUCAAAACGCCAAAAUAGAUUGUUUGAUUAUCUAUUAGAUAGAAGAGAUCGCUAUUUAGACUAUAAAAAUGUUCUUUCCACAUGGUCGAAAAAUUGCAUUUUUCCAAAGGGGUUAACCUAUGAUUUUAGUCAAAAAUUGGCAUUUCUGUCAAUCUAUGUUUUUCUUAUCAAAACGCCAAAAUAGAUUGUUUGAUUAUGUUUUAGAUAGAAUAGAUCGCUUUUUACACUAUAAAAAUGUUCUUUUCACAUGGUCGAAAAAUUUGCAUUUUUGCAAAGGGGUUAACCUAUGAUUUUGAUCAAAAAUUAGCAUUUUUCACAAACUAUGUUUUUCUUCUAAAAUUGACAACGUAUAUGGUUUGAUUAAGUUCUUUUUUUGGCAAAUCCAUUUCAAGCUUUCUCUUCCCCCUGUAACCCCCUGGAACCCCUUGUAACCCUUUGUAACCCCCUGUAACCCCCUGUAACCCCUUGUAACCCCCUGUAACCCCUUGUAACCCCUCGUAACCCCCUGUAACCCCUCGUAACCCCUUGUAACCCCCUGUAAAGGUAUAUUGUUUUAUUAUGUGCUAGAGGGGAAAAAUGCAUUUUAGACUACAAAAAUGCCAUUUUAAGAUAAUCGAAAAAAUUUCCAAUUUUUUAAAGGGGUUUACCCAUGAUUUUGAGCAAGAAUUGGCAUUUUUUUGAAAGUUUGUUUUUCUUUUCAAAAGCCUAACAUAUAUUGCUUGAUUACCUUCUAGAAGGUGAGCAAGGGUUUUUAGACUGUAAAAAUGUCUUUUUCACAUAUUUACAAAAAUUUUCAUUUUCACAUAGUCGAAAAAUUGCAUUUUUGCAAAGGGGUUAACCUAUGAUUUUAGUCAAAAAUUGGCAUUUCUGUCAAUCUAUGUUUUUCUUAUCAAAACGCCAAAAUAGAUUGUUUGAUUAUGUAUUAGAUAGAAAAGAUCGCUUUUUACACUAUAAAAAUGUUCUUUUCACAUGGUCGAAAAAUUUGCAUUUUUGCAAAGGGGUUAACCUAUGAUUUUGAUCAAAAAUUAGCAUUUUUCACAAACUAUGUUUUUCUUCUAAAAUUGACAACAUAGAUGGUUUGAUUAAGUUCUUUUUUUGGCAAAUCCAUUUCAAGCUUUCUCUUUGCCUUGUAACCCCCUGGAACCCCUUGUAACCCUUUGUGACCCCCUGUAACCCCCUGUAACCCCUUUUAACCCCCUUUAACCCCCUGUAACCCCUUGUAACCCCCUGUAACCCCUCGUAACCCCUUGUAACCCCCUGUAAAGAUAUAUUUUUUUAUUGUGUGCUAGAGGGGAAAAAAUGCAUUUUAGACUACAAAAAUGCCAUUUUAAGGUAAUCGAAAAAGUUUCCAAUUUUUUAAGGGGUUUUACCCAUAAUUUUGAGCAAGAAUUGGCAUUUUCUUUAAAGUUUGUUUUUCUUUUCAAAAGCCUAACAUAUAUUGCUUGAUUACCUUCUAGAAGGUGAACAAGGGUUUUUAGACUGUAAAAAUGUCCUUUUCACAUAUUUACAAAAAUUGUCAUUUUUCACAUAGUCGAAAAAUUGCAUUUUUGCAAAGGGGUUAACCUAUGAUUUUAGUCAAAAAUUGGCAUUUCUGUCAAUCUAUGUUUUUCUUAUCAAAACGCCAAAAUAGAUUGUUUGAUUAUGUAUUAGAUAGAAAAGAUCGCUUUUUACACUAUAAAAAUGUUCUUUUCACAUGGUCGAAAAAUUUGCAUUUUUGCAAAGGGGUUAACCUAUGAUUUUGAUCAAAAAUUAGCAUUUUUCACAAACUAUGUUUUUCUUCUAAAAUUGACAACAUAGAUGGUUUGAUUAAGUUCUUUUUUUGGCAAAUCCAUUUCAAGCUUUCUCUUUGCCUUGUAACCCCUGGAACCCCUUGUAACCCUUUGUGACCCCUGUAACCCCCUGUAACCCCUUUUAACCCCCUUUAACCCCCUUUAACCCCUUGUCACCCCCUGUAACCCCUCGUAACCCCUUGUAACCCCCUGUAAAGAUAUAUUUUUUUAUUGUGUGCUAGAGGGGAAAAAAUGCAUUUUAGACUACAAAAAUGCCAUUUUAAGGUAAUCGAAAAAGUUUCCAAUUUUUUAAGGGGUUUUACCCAUAAUUUUGAGCAAGAAUUGGCAUUUUCUUUAAAGUUUGUUUUUCUUUUCAAAAGCCUAACAUAUAUUGCUUGAUUACCUUCUAGAAGGUGAACAAGGGUUUUUAGACUGUAAAAAUGUCCUUUUCACAUAUUUACAAAAAUUGUCAUUUUUCACAUAGUCGAAAAAUUGCAUUUUUGCAAAGGGGUUAACCUAUGAUUUUAGUCAAAAAUUGGCAUUUCUGUCAAUCUAUGUUUUUCUUAUUAAAACCCCAAAAUAGAUUGUUUGGUUAUGUAUUAGAUAGAAAAGAUCCCUUUUUAGACUAUAAAAAUGUUCUUUUCACAUGGUCGAAAAAUUUGAAUUUUUGCAAAGGGGUUAACCUAUGAUUUUGAUCAAAAAUUAGCAUUUUUCACAAACUAUGUUUUUCUUCUAAAACUGACAACAUAGAUGGUUUGAUUAAGUUCUUUUUUUGGUUAAUCCAUUUCAAGCUUUCUCUUUCCUCUGGAACCUCUUGUAACCCUUUGUAACCCCCUGGAACCCCCUGUAACCCCUUAUAACCCCUCGUAACCCGGUUUACCCAUGAUUUUGAGCAAGAAUUGGCAUUUUCUUAAAAGUUUGUUUUUCUUAGCAAAAGCCUAACAUAUAUUGCUUGAUUACCUUCUAGAAAGUGAACAUGGGUUUUUACACUGUAAAAAUGUCCUUUUCACAUAUUUACAAAAAUUUUCAUUUUUCACAUAGUCGAAAAAUUGCAUUUUUGCAAAGGGGUUAACCUAUGAUUUUAGUCAAAAAUUGGCAUUUCUGUCAAUCUAUGUUUUUCUUAUCAAAACGGCAAAAUGGAUUGUUUGAUUAUGUAUUAGAUAGAAAAGAUCGCUUUUUAGACUAUAAAAAAGUUCUUUUCACAAGGUCGAAAAAUUGCAUUUUUGCAAAGGGCUUAACCUAUCAUUUUAGUCAAAAAUUGGCAUUUCUGCCAAUCUAUGUUUUUCUUAUCAAAACGCCAAAAUAGAUUCUUUGAUUAUCUAUUAGAUAGAAGAGAUCGCUUUUUAGACUAUAAAAAUGUUCUUUUCACAUUGUCGAAAAAUUGCAUUUUUCCAAAGGGGUUAACCUAUGAUUUUAGUCAAAAAUUGGCAUUUCUGUCAAUCUAUGUUUUUCUUAUCAAAAGGCCAAAAUAGAUUGUUUGAUUAUGUAUUAGAUAGAAAAGAUCGCUUUUUAGACUAUAAAAAUGUUCUUUUCACAUGGUCGAAAAAUUGCAUUUUUCCAAAGGGGUUAACCUAUGAUUUUAGUCAAAAAUUGGCAUUUCUGUCAAUCUAUGUUUUUCUUAUCAAAACGCCAAAAUAGAUUGUUUGAUUAUGUUUUAGAUAGAAAAGAUCGCUUUUUAGACUAUAAAAAUGUUCUUUUCGCAUGGUCGAAAAAUUUGCAUUUUUGCAGAGGCGUUAACCUAUGAUUUUGAUCAAAAAUUAGCAUUUUUCACAAACUAUGUUUUUCUUCUAAAACUGACAACAUAGAUGGUUUGAUUAAGUUCUUCUUUUGGCAAAUCCAUUUCAAGCUUUCUCUUUUUCCUGGAACCCCUUGUAACCUUUUGUAACCCCCUGUAACCCCUUGUAACCCCUUGUAACCCCCUGUAACCUCUUGUAACCCCUCGUAACCCCCUGUAACCCCUCGUUACCCCUUGUAACCACCUGUAAAAAUAUAUUGUUUUUUUAUGUGUUAGAGGGGAAAAAAUGCAUUUUAGACUACAAAAAUGCCAUUUUAAGAUAAUCGAAAAAAUUUCCAAUUUUUUAAAGGGGUUUACCCAUGAUUUUGAGCAAGAAUUGGCAUUUUCUUGAAAGUUUGUUUUCUUUUCAAAAGCCUAACAUAUAUUGCUUGAUUACCUUCUAGAAGGUGAACAAGGGUUUUUAGACUGUAAAAAUGUCCUUUUCACAUAUUUACAAAAUUUUCAUUUUUCACAUAGUCAAAAAAUUGCAUUUUUGCAAAGGGGUUAACCUAUGAUUUUAGUCAAAAAUUGGCAUUUCUGUCAAUCUAUGUUUUUCUUAUCAAAACGCCAACAUAGAUUGUUUGAUUAUGUAUUAGAUAGAAAAGAUCGCUUUUUAGACUAUAAAAAUGUUCUUUUCACAAGGUCAAAAAAUUGGACUUUUCCAAAGGGGUUAACCUAUGAUUUUAGUCAAAAAUUGGCAUUUCUGUCAAUCUAUGUUUUUCUUAUCAAAACGCCAAAAUAGACUGUUUGAAAAUGUAUUAGAUAGCAAAGAUCGCUUUUUAGACCAUAAAAAUGUUCUUUUCACAUGGUCCAAAAAUUUGCAUUUUUGCAAAGGGGUUAACCUAUGAUUUUCAUCCAAAAUUAGCAUUUUUCACAAACUAUGUUUUUCUUCUAAAAUUGACAACAUAGAUGGUUUGAUUAAGUUCUUUUUUUGGCAAAUCCAUUUCAAGCUUUCUCUUUCCCCUGUAACCCCCUGGAACCUCUUGUAACCCUUUGUAACCCCCUGUAACCCCCUGUAACCCCUUGUAACCCCUCGUAACCCCUUGUAACCCCUCGUAACCUCCUGUAACCCCUCGUAACCCCUUGUAACCCCCUGUAAAGAUAUAUUUUUUUAUUAUGUGCUAGAGGGGAAAAAAUGCAUUUUAGACUACAAAAAUGCCAUUUUAAGAUAAUCGAAAAAAUUUCCAAUUUUUUAAAGAGGUUUACCCAUGAUUUUGAGCAAGAAUUGGCAUUUUCUUGAAAGUUUGUUUUUCUUUUCAAAAGCCUAACAUAUAUUGCUUGAUUACCUUCUAGAAGGUGAACAAGGGUUUUUAGACUGUAACAAUGUCCUUUUCACAUAUUUACAAAAAUUGUCAUUUUUUACAUAGUCGAAAAAUUGCAUUUUUGCAAAGGGGUUAACCUAUGAUUUUAGUCAAAAAUUGGUAUUUCUGUCAAUCUAUGUUUUUCUUAUCAAAACGCCAAAAUAGAUUGUUUGAUUAUGUAUUAGAUAGAAAAGAUCGCUUUUUAGACUAUAAAAAUGUUCUUUUCACAGGGUCGAAAAAUUGCAUUUUUGCAAAGGGGUUAACCUAUGAUUUUAGUCAGAAAUUGGCAUUUCUGUCGAUCUAUGUUUUUCUUAUCAAAACGCCAAAAUAGAUUGUUUGAUUAUGUAUUAGAUAGAAAAGAUCGCUUUUUAGACUAUAAAAAUGUUCUUUUCAAAUGGUCGAAAAAUUUGCAUUUUUGCAAAGGGGUUAACCUAUGAUUUUGAUCAAAAAUUAGCAUUUUUCACAAACUAUGUUUUUCUUCUAAAAUUGACAACAUAGAUGCUUUGAUUAAGUUCUUUUUUUGGCAAAUCCGUUUCAAGAUUUCUCUUUCCCCUGUAACCCCCUGUAGCCCCUUGUAACCCUUUGUAACCCCCUGUAACCCCUUCUAAACCCCUGUAACCCCUUGUAACCCCUCGUAACCCCCUGUAACCCCUCGUAACCCCUCGUAACCCCUCGUAACCCCUUGUAACCCCCCGUAAAGAUAUAUUGUGUUAUUAUGUGCUAGAGGGGAAAAAAUCCAUUUUAGACUACAAAAAUGCCAUUUUAAGAUAAUCGAAAAAAUUUCCAAUUUUUUAAAGGGGUUUACCCAUGAUUUUGAGCAAGAAUUGGCAUUUUCUUGAAAGUUUGUUUUUCUUUUCAAAAGCCCAACAUAUAUUGCUUGAUUACCUUCUAGAAGGUAAACAAGGGUUUUUAGACUGUAAAAAUGUCCUUUUCACAUAUUUACAAAAAUUGUCAUUUUUCACAUAGUCGAUAAAUUUCAUUUUUGCAAAGGGGUUAACCUAUGAUUUUAGUCAAAAAUUGGCAUUUCUGUCAAUCUAUGUUUUUCUUAUCAAAACGCCAAAAUAGAUUGUUUGAUUAUGUAUUAGAUAGAAAAGAUCGCUUUUUAGACCAUAAAAAUGUUCUUUUCACAUGGUCGAAAAAUUUGCAUUUUUGCAAAGGGGUUAACCUAUGAUUUUGAUCAAAAAUUAGCAUUUUUCACAAACUAUGUUUUUCUUCUAAAAUUGACAACAUAGACAUAUUUGAUUAAGUUCUUUUUUUGGCAAAUCCAUUUCAAGCUUUCUCUUUCCCAUAUAACCCCCUGUAACCCCUUGUAAUCCUUUGUAACCCCCUGUAACCCCCUGUAACCCCUCGUAACCCCCUGUAACCCCUCGUAACCCCUUGUAACCCCCUGUAAAGAUAUAUUGUUUUAUUAUGUGCUAGAGGGGAAAAAAUGCAUUUUAGACUACAAAAAUGCCAUUUUAAGAUAAUCGAAAAAAUUUCCAAUUUUUUUAAAGGGGUUUACCCAUGAGUUUGAGCAAGAAUUGGCAUUUUCUUGAAAGUUUGUUUUUCUUUUCAAAAGCCUAACAUAUAUUGCUUGAUUACCUACUAGAAGGUGAACAAGGGUUUUUAGACUGUAAAAAUGUCCUUUGGACAUAUUUACAAAAAUUUUCAUUUUUCACAUAGUCGAAAAAUUGCAUUUUUGCAAAGGGGUUAACCUACGAUUUUAGUCAAAAAUUGGCAUUUCUGUCAAUCUAUGUUUUUCUUAUCAAAACGCCACAAUAGACUGUUUGAUUAUGUAUUAGAUAGAAAAGAUCGCUUUUUAGACUAUAAAAAUGUUCUUUUCACAUGGUCCAAAAAAUUGCAUUUUUGCAAAGGGGUUAACCUAUGAUUUUGAUCAAAAAUUAGCAUUUUUCACAAACUAUGUUUUUCUUCUAAAAUUGACAACAUAGAUGGUUUGAUUAAGUUCUUUUUUUGGCAAAUCCGUUUUAAGCUUUCUCUUUCCCCUGUAACCCCCUGUAACCCCUUUUAACCCUUUGUAACCCCCUGUAACCCCUUCUCACCCCCUGUAACCCCUUGUAACCCCUCGUAACCCCCUGUAACCCCUCGUAACCCCUUGUAACCCCCUGUAAAGAUAUAUUGUUUUAUUAUGUGCUAGAGGGGAAAAAAUGCAUUUUAGACUACAAAAAUGCCAUUUUAAGAUAAUCGAAAAAAUUUCCAAUUUUUUAAAGGGGUUUACCCAUGAUUUUGAGCAAGAAUUGGCAUUUUCUUGAUAGUUUGUUUUUCUUUUCAAAAGCCUAACAUAUAUUGCUUGAUUACCUUCUAGAAGGUGAACAAGAGUUUUUAGACUGUAAAAAUGUCCUUUUUACAUAUUUACAAAAAUUGUCAUUUUUCACAUAGUCGAUAAAUUUCAUUUUUGCAAAGGGGUUAACCUAUGAUUUUAGUCAAAAAUUGGCAUUUCUGUCAAUCUAUGUUUUUCUUAUCAAAACGCCAAAAUAGAUUGUUUGAUUAUGUAUUAGAUAGAAAAGAUCGCUUUUUAGACCAUAAAAAUGUUCUUUUUACAUGGUCGAAAAAUUUGCAUUUAUGCAAAGAGGUUAACCUAUGAUUUUGAUCAAGAAAUGCCAUUUCUGUCAAUCUAUGUUUUUCUUAUCAAAACGACAAAAUAGAUUGUUUGAUUAUGUAUUAGAUAGAAAAGAUCGCUUUUUAGACUAUAAAAAUGUUCUUUUCACAUGGUCGAAAAAUUUGCAUUUUUGCAAAGGGGUUAACCGAUGAUUUUGAUCAAAAAUUUAGCAUUUUUCAUAAACUAUGUUUUUCUUCCAAAAUUGACAACAUAGAUGGUUUGAUUAAGUUCUUUUUUUGGCAAAUCCAUUUCAAGCUUUCUCUUUCCCCUGUAACCCCCUGGAACCCCUUGUAACCCUUUGUAACUCCCUGUAACCCCCUGUAACUCCUUGUAACCCCCUGUAACCCCUUGUAACCCCUCGUAACCCCUUGUAACCCCCUGUAAAGAUAUAUUGUUUUAUUAUGUGCUAGAGGGGAAAAAAUGCAUUUUAGACUACAAAAAUGCCAUUUUAAGAUAAUCGAAAAAAUUUCCAAUUUUUUAAAGAGGUUUACCCAUGAUUUUCAGCAAGAAUUGGCAUUUUCUUGAAAGUUUGUUUUUCUUUUCAAAAGCCUAAUAUAUAUUGCUUGAUUACCUUCUAGAAGGUGAACAAGAGUUUUUAGACUGUAAAAAUGUCCUUUUCACAUAUUUACAAAAAUUGUCAUUUUUCACAUAGUCGAUAAAUUUCAUUUUUGCAAAGGGGUUAACCUAUGAUUUUAGUCAAAAAUUGGCAUUUCUGUCAAUCUAUGUUUUUCUUAUCAAAACGCCAAAAUAGAUUGUUUGAUUAUGUAUUAGAUAGAAAAGAUCGCCUUUUAGACCAUAAAAAUGUUCUUUUCACAUGGUCGAAAAAUUUGCAUUUAUGCAAAGGGGUUAACCUAUGAUUUUGAUCAAGAAAUGGCAUUUCUGUCAAUCUAUGUUUUUCUUAUCGAAACGCCAAAAUAGAUUGUUUGAUUAUGUAUUAGAUAGAAAAGAUCGCUUUUUAGACUAUAAAAAUGUUCUUUUCACAUGGUCGAAAAAUUUGCAUUUUUGCAAAGGGGUUAACCGAUGAUUUUGAUCAAAAAUUUAGCAUUUUUCAUAAACUAUGUUUUUCUUCUAAAAUUGACAACAUAGAUGGUUUGAUUAAGUUCUUUUUUUGGCAAAUCCAUUUCAAGCUUUCUCUUUCCCCUGUAACCCCCUGGAACCCCUUGUAACCCUUUGUAACUCCCUGUAACCCCCUGUAACUCCUUGUAACCCCCUGUAACCCCUUGUAACCCCUCGUAACCCCUUGUAAUCCCCGGUAAAGAUAUAUUGUUUUAUUAUGUGCUAGAGGGGAAAAAAUGCAUUUUAGACUACAAAAAUGCCAUUUUAAGAUAAUCGAAAAAAUUUCCAAUUUUUUAAAGAGGUUUACCCAUGAUUUUGAGCAAGAAUUGGCAUUUUCUUGAAAGUUUGUUUUUCUUUUCAAAAGCCUAACAUAUAUUGCUUGAUUACCUUCUAGAAGGUGAACAAGGGUUUUUAGACUGUAAAAAUGUCCUUUUCACAUAUUUACAAAAAUUUUCAUUGUUCACAUAGUCGAAAAUUGCAUUUUUGCAAAGGGGUUAACCUAGGAUUUUAGUCAAAAAUUGGCAUUUCUGUCAAUCUAUGUUUUUCUUAUCAAAACGACAAAAUAGAUUGUUUGAUUAUGUAUUAGAUAGAAAAGAUCGCUUUUUAGACUAUAAAAAUGUUCUUUUCACAUGGUCGAAAAAUUUGCAUUUUUGCAAAGGGGUUAACCGAUGAUUUUGAUCAAAAAUUUAGCAUUUUUCAUAAACUAUGUUUUUCUUCCAAAAUUGACAACAUAGAUGGUUUGAUUAAGUUCUUUUUUUUGGCAAAUCCAUUUCAAGCUUUCUCUUUCCCCUGUAACCCCUGGAACCCCUUGUAACCCUUUGUAACUCCCUGUAACCCCUGUAACCCCUUGUAACCCCUUGUAACCCCUGUAACCCCUUGUAACCCCUCGUAACCCCUUGUAACCCCCUGUAAAGAUAUAUUGUUUUAUUAUGUGCUAGAGGGGAAAAAAUGCAUUUUAGACUACAAAAAUGCCAUUUUAAGAUAAUCGAAAAAAUUUCCAAUUUUUUAAAGAGGUUUACCCAUGAUUUUCAGCAAGAAUUGGCAUUUUCUUGAAAGUUUGUUUUUCUUUUCAAAAGCCUAAUAUAUAUUGCUUGAUUACCUUCUAGAAGGUGAACAAGAGUUUUUAUACUGUAAAAAUGUCCUUUUCACAUAUUUACAAAAAUUGUCAUUUUUCACAUAGUCGAUAAAUUUCAUUUUUGCAAAGGGGUUAACCUAUGAUUUUAGUCAAAAAUUGGCAUUUCUGUCAAUCUAUGUUUUUCUUAUCAAAACGCCAAAAUAGAUUGUUUGAUUAUGUAUUAGAUAGAAAAGAUCGCCUUUUAGACCAUAAAAAUGUUCUUUUCACAUGGUCGAAAAAUUUGCAUUUAUGCAAAGGGGUUAACCUAUGAUUUUGAUCAAAAAUGGCAUUUCUGUCAAUCUAUGUUUUUCUUAUCAAAACGACAAAAUAGAUUGUUUGAUUAUGUAUUAGAUAGAAAAGAUCGCUUUUUAGACUAUAAAAAUGUUCUUUUCACAUGGUCGAAAAAUUUGCAUUUUUGCAAAGGGGUUAACCGAUGAUUUUGAUCAAAAAUUUAGCAUUUUUCAUAAACUAUGUUUUUCUUCUAAAAUUGACAACAUAGAUGGUUUGAGUAAGUUCUUUUUUUGGCAAAUCCAUUUCAAGCUUUCUCUUUCCCCUGUAACCCCCCGGAACCCCUUGUAACCCUUGUAACCCCUGUAACCCCCUGUAGCCCCCUGUAACCCCCUGUAACCCCUUGUAACCCCUCGUAACCCCCUGUAACCACUUGUACCCCCCUGUAAAGAUAUAUUGUUUUAUUAUGUGCUAGAGGCGAAAAAAUGCAUUUUAGACUACAAAAAUGCCAUUUUAAGAUAAUCGAAAAAAUUUCCAAUUUUUUAAAGGGGUUUGCCUAUGAUUUUGAGCAAGAAUUGGCAUUUUCUUGAAAGUUUGUUUUUCUUUUCAAAAGCCUAACAUAUAUUGCUUGAUUACCUUCUAGAAGGUGAACAAGGGUUUUUAGACUGUAAAAAUGUCCUUUUCACAUAUUUACAAAAAUUUUAUUUUUUACAUAGUCGAAAAAUUGCAUUUUUGCAAAGGGGUUAACCUAUGAUUUUAGUCAAAAAUUGGCAUUUCUGUCAAUCUAUGUUUUUCUUAUCAAAACGCCAAAAUAGAUUGUUUGAUUAUGUAUUAGAUAGAAAAGAUCGCUUUUUAGACUAUAAAAAUGUUCUUUUCACAUGGUCGAAAAAUUUGCAUUUUUGCAAAGUGGUUAACCUAUGAUUUUGAUCAAAAAUUAGCAUUUUUCACAAACUAUGUUUUUCUUCUAAAAUUGACAACAUAGAUGGUUUAAUUAAGUUCUUUUUUUGGCAAAUCCAUUUCAAGCUUUCUCUUUCCCCUGUAACCCCCUGGAACCCCUUGUAACCUUUUGUAAACCCCUUUAACCCCCUGUAACCCCUUGUAACCCCCUGUAACCCCUUGUAACCCCUCGUAGCCCCCUGUAACCCCUCGUAACCCCUUGUAACCCCGUAAAGAUAUAUUGUUUUUUUAUGUGCUAGAGGGGAAAAAAUGCAUAUUAGACUAAAAAAAAGGCCAUUUUAAGAUAAUCGAAAAAAUUUCCAAUUUUUUAAAGGGGUUUACCCGUGAUUUUGAGCAAGAAUUGGCAUUUUCUUGAAAGUUUGUUUUUCUUUUCAAAAGCCUAACAUAUAUUGCUUGAUUACCUUCUAGAAGGUGAACAAGGGUUUUAAGACUGUAAAAAUGUCCUUUUCACAUAUUUACAAAAAUUGUCAUUUUUCACAUAGUCUAAAAAUUGCAUUUUUGCAAAGGGGUUAACCUAUGAUUUUGGUCAAAAAUUGGCAUUUCUGUCAAUCUAUGGUUUUCUUAUCAAAACGCCAAAAUAGAUUGUUAGAUUAUGUAUUAAAUAGAAAAGAUCGCUUUUUAGACUAUAAAAAUCUUCUUUUCACAAGGUCGAAAAAUUGCAUUUCUCCAAAGGGGUUAACCUAUGAUUUUAGUCAAAAAUUGGCAUUUCUGUUAAUCUAUGUUUUUCUUAUCAAAAUUCCAAAAUAGAUUGUUUGAUUAUCUAUUAGAUAGAAGAGAUCGCUAUUUAGACUAUAAAAAUGUUCUUUCCACAUGGUCGAAAAAUUGCAUUUUUCCAAAGGGGUUAACCUAUGAUUUUAGUCAAAAAUUGGCAUUUCUGUCAAUCUAUGUUUUUCUUAUCAAAACGCCAAAAUAGAUUGUUUGAUUAUGUUUUAGAUAGAAUAGAUCGCUUUUUAGACUAUAAAAAUGUUCUUUUCACAUGGUCGAAAAAUUUGCAUUUUUGCAAAGGGGUUAACCUAUGAUUUUGAUCAAAAAUUAGCAUUUUUCACAAACUAUGUUUUUCUUCUAAAAUUGACAACAUAGAUGGUUUGAUUAAGUUCUUUUUUUGGCAAAUCCAUUUCAAGCUUUCUCUUUCCCCUGUAACCCCCUGGAACCCCUUGUAACCCUUUGUAACCCCCUGUAACCCCCUGUAACCCCUUGUAACCCCCUGUAACCCCUUGUAACCCCUCGUAACCCCCUGUAACCCCUCGUAACCCCUUGUAACCCCCUGUAAAGAUAUAUUGUUUUAUUAUGUGCUAGAGGGGAAAAAAUGCAUUUUACACUACAAAAAUGCCAUUUUAAGAUAAUCGAAAAAAUUUCCAAUUUUUUAAAGGGGUUUACCCAUGAUUUUGAGCAAGAAUUGGCAUUUUCUUGAAAGUUUGUUUUUCUUUUCAAAAGCCUAACAUAUAUUGCUUGAUUACCUUCUAGAAGGUGAACAAGGGUUUUUAGACUUUAAAAAUGUCCUUUUCACAUAUUUACAAAAAUUUUCAUUUUUCAGAUAGUCGAAAAAUUGCAUUUUUGCAAAGGGGUAACCUAUGAUUUUAGUCAAAAUUGGCAUUUCUGUCAAUCUAUGUUUUUCUUAUUAAAACGCCAAAAUAGAUUGUUUGAUUAUGUAUUAGAUAGAAAAGAUCCCUUUUAGACUAUAAAAAUGUUCUUUUCACAUGGUCGAAAAAAUUUGAAUUUUUGCAAAGGGGUUAACCUAUGAUUUUGAUCAAAAAUUAGCAUUUUUCACAAACUAUGUUUUUUCUUCUAAAACUGACAACAUAGAUGGUUUGAUUAAGUUCUUUUUGGUUAAUCCAUUUCAAGCUUUCUCUUUCCUCUGGAACCUCUUGUAACCCUUUGUAACCCCCCUGGAACCCCCUGUAACCCCUUAUAACCCCUCGUAACCCGGUUUACCCAUGAUUUUGAGCAAGAAUUGGCAUUUUCUUAAAAGUUUGUUUUUCUUAGCAAAAGCCUAACAUAUAUUGUUGAUUACCUUCUAGAAAGUGAACAUGGGUUUUUACACUGUAAAAUGUCCUUUUCACAUAUUUACAAAAAUUUUUUACAUUUUUCACAUAGUCGAAAAAUUGCAUUUUUUAAAAGGGGUUAACCUAUGAUUUUAGUCAAAAAUUGGCAUUUCUGUCAAUCUAUGUUUUUCUUAUCAAAACGGCAAAAUGGAUUGUUUGAUUAUGUAUUAGAUAGAAAAGAUCGCUUUUUAGACUAUAAAAAGUUCUCUUUUCACAAGGUCGAAAAAAUUGCAUUUUUGCAAAGGGCUUAACCUAUCAUUUUAGUCAAAAAUUGGCAUUUCUGCCAAUCUAUGUUUUUCUUAUCAAAACGCCAAAAUAGAUUCUUUGAUUAUCUAUUAGAUAGAAGAGAUCGCUUUUUAGACUAUAAAAUGUUCUUUUUCAUGGUCGAGAAAUUGCAUUUUUCCAAAGGGGUUAACCUAUGAUUUUAGUCAAAAAUUGGCAUUUCUGUCAAUCUAUGUUUUUCUUAUCAAAACGCCAAAAUAGAUUGUUUGAUUAUGUAUUAGAUAGAAAAGAUCGCUUUUUCGACUAUAAAAAUGUUCUUUUCACAAGGUCGAAAAAUUGCAUUUUUGCAAAGGGCUUAACCUAUGAUUUUAGUCAAAAAUUGGCAUUUCUGUCAAUCUAUGUUUUUCUUAUCAAAACGCCAAAAUAGAUUGUUUGAUUAUGUAUUAGAUAGAAAAGAUCGCUUUUUAGACUAUAAAAAUGUUCUUUUCACAUGGUCGAAAAAUUGCAUUUUUGCAAAGGGGUUAACCUAUGAUUUUAGUCAAAAAUUAGCAUUUCUGUCAAUCUAUGUUUUUCUUAUCAAAACGCCAAAAUAGAUUGUUUGAUUAUGUAUUAGAUAGAAAAGAUCGCUUUUUAGACUAUAAAAAUGUUCUUUUCACAUGGUCGAAAAAUUUGCAUUUUUGCAAAGGGGUUAACCUAUGAUUUUGAUCAAAAAUUAGCAUUUUUCACAGACUAUGUUUUUCUUCUAAAAUUGACAACAUAGAUGGUUUGAUUAAGUUCUUUUUUUGGCAAAUCCAUUUCAAGCUUUCUCUUUCCCCUGUAACCCCCUGGAACCCCUUGUAACCCUUUGUAACCCCCUGUAACCCCCUGUAACCCCUUGUAACCCCCUGUAACCCCUUGUAACCCCUCGUAACCCCCUGUAACCCUUCGUAACCCCUUGUAACCCCCUGUAAAGAUAUAUUGUUUUAUUAUGUGCUAGAGGGGAAAAAAUGCAUUUUAGACUACAAAAAUGCCAUUUUAAGAUAAUCGAAAAAAUUUCCAAUUUUUUAAAGGGGUUUACCCAUGAUUUUGAGCAAGAUUUGGCAUUUUCUUGAAAGUUUGUUUUUCUUUUCAAAAGCCUAACAUAUAUUGCUUGAUUACCUUCUAGAAGGUGAACAAGGGUUUUUAGACUUUAAAAAUGUCCUUUUCACAUAUUUACGAAAAUUUUCAUUUUUCACAUAGUCGAAAAAUUGCAUUUUUGCAAAGGGCUUAACAUAUGAUUUUAGUCAAAAAUUGGCAUUUCUGUCAAUCUAUGUUUUUCUUAUCAAAACGCCAAAAUAGAUUGUUUGAUUAUGUAUUAGAUAGAAAAAAGAUCGCUUUUUAGACUAUAAAAAUGUUCUUUUCACAAGGUCAAAAAAAUUGGACUUUUCAAAGGGUUAACCUAUGAUUUUAGUCAAAAAUUGGCAUUUCUGUCAAUCUAUGUUUUUCUUAUCAAAACGCCAAAAUAGACUGUUUGAUUAUGUAUUAGAUAGCAAAGAUCGCUUUUUAGACCAUAAAAAUGUUCUUUUCACAUGGUCCAAAAAUUUGCAUUUUUGCAAAGGGGUUAACCUAUGAUUUUCAUCCAAAAUUAGCAUUUUUCACAAACUAUGUUUUUCUUCUAAAAUUGACAACAUAAAUGGUUUGAUUAAGUUCUUUUUUUGGGAAAUCCAUUUCAAGCUUUCUCUUUCCCCUGUAACCCCCUGGAACCCCUUAUAACCUUUUGUAACUCCCUGUAACCUCCUGUAACCCCUUGUAACCCCCUGUAACCCCUUUUAACCCCUCGUAACCCCCUGUAACCCCUCGUAACCCCUUGUAACCCCCUGUAAAGAUAUAUUGUUUUAUUAUGUGCUAGAGGGGAAAAAAUGCAUUUUAGACUACAAAAAUGCUUUUUUAAGAUAAUGGACAAAAUUUCCAAUUUUUUAAAGGGGUUUACCCAUGAUUUUGAGCAAGAAUUGGCAUUUUCUUAAAAGUUUGUUUUUCUUUUUAAAAACCUAACAUAUAUUGCUUGAUUACCUUCUAGAAGGUGAACAAGGGUUUUUCGACUGUAAAAAUGUCCUUUUCACAUAUUUAGAAAAAUUUUCAUUUUUCACAUAGUCGAAAAAUUGCAUUUUUGCAAAGGGGUUAACCUAUGAUUUGAGUCAAAAAUUGGCAUUUCUGUCAAUCUAUGUUUUUCUUAUCGAAACGCCAAAAUAGAUUGUUUGAUUAUCUAUUAGAUAGAAGAGAUCGCUUUUUAGACUAUAAAAAUGUUCUUUUCUCAUGGUCGAAAAAUUGCAUUUUUCCAAACGGGUUAAUCUAUGAUUUUAGUCAAAAAUUGGUGUUUCUGUCAAUCUAUGUUUUUCUUAUCAAAACGCCAAAAUAGAUUGUUUGAUUAUGUAUUAGAUAGAAAAGAUCGCUUUUUAGACUAUAAAAAUGUUCUUUUCACAUGGUCGAAAAAUUUGCAUUUUUGCAAAGGGGUUAACCUAUGAUUUUGAUCAAAAAUUAGCAUUUUUCACAAACUAUGUUUUUCUUCUAAAAUUGACAACAUAGAUGGUUUGAUUAAGUUCUUUUUUUGGCAAAUCCAUUUCAAGCUUUCUCUUUCCCCUGUAACCCCCUGGAACCCCUUGUAACCCUUUGUAACCCCCUGUAACCCCCUGUAACCCCUUGUAACCCCCUGUAACCCCUUGUAACCCCUCGUAACCCCCUCUAACCCCCUCUAACCCCCUGUAAAGAUAUAUUGUUUUAUUAUGUGUUAGAGGGGAAAAAAUGCAUUUUACACUACAAAAAUGCCAUUUUAAGAUAAUCGAAAAAAUUUCCAAUUUUUUAAACGGGUUUACCCAUGAUUUUGAGCAAGAUUUGGCAUUUUCUUGAAAGUUUGUUUUUCUUUUCAAAAGCCUAACAUAUAUUGCUUGAUUACCUUCUAGAAGGUGAACAAGGGUUUUUAGACUUUAAAAAUGUCCUUUUUUUGCACAUAUUUUUAGUCAAAAAUUGUCAUUUU